CGGAAAAGCGGAACCAUUUAUUGUCAUGUGAUUUGUUGUCAGGACAUCACAGCCAACGGAGCAAAUGUUUUGAUGCUUGUUUUGUGUUUAUUGCAUUAUUUUCAAAAUGUAUGCUGCCGCGACGGAGAGUUUAAUAAAGCAGGCAAGAGAAAUAAAGGAGGAAGAGCUGCAGAGGUUUUGUGGGCGCAUAUUUAAGCUGCUCCACACUAAAGAUGUUAGUGGAGACACAGUGGACUCCCUCCAGAGGCUCAAUCUGAUAGUUUCUGCCACUAAAUAUGCGAGAGAGCUUCCAUCAGAUCUGGUGAUGAAGCUGCAGACGCUUCUUCGGUCUUCAUCAUGUCCAGAGCAGCUUCAGGUUCUGACCUCCUCCAUCAUCCGGGAGAGCUUUCCUCCCAGCGUACACAGCCUCUGCUCUGAUCUCAGUCACGACAGCAGGACCUUCAGCCACGUGGCCAGUGUUGUUCUGGCUCAGGCUGGAAAUAAAGAAGAUGUGAUGCCUCUUUGCCAUCAUUUGCUGAAAAGUCUUGAGUCUCGGCUGUCUGACGGGCAGAUAUCCAGACAUGCGCUUCCCAUUCUCUCUGAAAUGAGCACUGUUUAUCCAGAGAUUCUCACAGAUGAUCAGGUGAAUCUGGUCAGUCGUAAGUUGGUGGAUUGGUUGCGUUAUGCCAGUAUGCAGCAGGGAGCCUCCAUGUCUUCUGGGGGAUUUUUCAGUGGACCAAGAACACGUCAGCCUGCUCCACUGACGGAGGUGGAUGGGGUGGUAACGGGUGAUUUCUUUACUGUGCUGUGUUUGGGUCAGAGCUACUCUGAGGACCAGUGGAUGAAUAUGUACACUUUCUCUAUGAUCAAGAGUUGGCUGCUCACUUAUGACACAGGCGGGACUACAAACACAGAAUCAGAUGAUCGCUCAGAGGUGGACAGUUCAGUGAUGUCCAUGGUGUCGGCCACAUCCUCUUCCAGCAGACUACUUCCUCCCAAAGAGAGACUCCGAGAGAAGGCUUUUGAGUACUGCCAGCGUCUCAUUGAACAGAGUGACAGGAAAGCCCUGAAGAAGACCGAUACAGAGCUACAGAAAGCAUGUAUUGUUGAGUCAGUAUCAAUAAUGGACAUCAUCUGCGGUGAGGACCCCUCCUACGUGUACCGUGCCUUCCCCUGCAUCAAAGCCCUGUAUGGCAGACUGAAUGGAGAUCUCGCCUAUGCUCGAGCCCUGCUGCCUAUUGCUCAGUUCUACCUCAACCACAGUGAGAUUGCCGCGGUGGACGCGGAGGCUGUGUUCUGCCAACUCUUCAGUCACUGUCCCGCCGAGCAGUUCAACGAGCCCAUGCUCGCCUUCGAGUUUGUCCAGUUCUGUCUUCUCAACGCUAGCGUUCUGCAGGACAGAGUGGCCAACUACAGACAGAGCUUCCCAAACAUCCUGAAGUUCUUGGCAUGGAACAGUUCAGGAUUGAUUGCAGAGUUUGUGGAGCUGCUCCCAUCACUGAUAGCUUCAGAUACAGCCAUUGAGUUACUGCAUACUAUCCUUGAUCUGCCCUGCUUAGCAGCAGCCCUGGACCUCCAGCAGAGAUCAGCAUGCUAUCAGGCUUCAGACCGUACCGCAUGGGACCAGCAGGGGGCGAAGGUGGCCGCUUGUCUGGAUGCCUUCCGCCAGCCGUUCUAUAGGGGGCUCUUCCUCUACAUCCUCAGACCUGAGGCUGGGACUGGAGACACAAUAGACAGGCUAAAAAUGCUUCAUGAGAUUUUGGCUGACAUGGCGGAGAGUCCACGAGUUGUUCGGUGUGCUCAGGUCGUUCCUGUGCUUCUGCAUGUGUACUUCAACACAUUCACUCAGAAAGCUGAUGAGAAAAUGAUGAACCAGCUGUUGCUAGUGCUGCUGGAGAGAAGCAGUCUGCUCUACAACAUCAAGACAUUUAAUGUUGAAGUCCAAAAGUGA